CUGCCAGUCCCGCUGUUGGUUCUCCCGUAUUGUUGUUCAAUCGAGCGUGUCCACAACCAAACGAAUCUUUUUUUAUUUUGCUUUAUUUUCGUUUAUCAUCAUCUCUCUUUCUCUCUUUCUCUCCUCUGCAGAGCCGAAUUCGUAAACAAAAUCCGCCCCCUCCCCCUCAUCCCCUUUUUUUUCUCCAAUGUCACUAUCAAUUAUAUAUUCUCAUGAGAGUUUUAACGAAGGUCAUCAUUUGUUGCAUUCUUUUCAAGGACAAUUUUGUGAAUAGCAUUUUGUUCAUCUUUUCUUUUUUUUUUCAUCAAUAACAAAAAAAGAAAGUUUCAAUUUUAUCAAAAGAAAAAACAGUGCUUGGAUAUUAAGAUUUAGAAAUUAUUUUUGACAAAAAUUGUUUUUUGUGAGAUUAGUUUUAGAGUGGAAAAAAAAGUGAUUAGUGGAAUUUAUUGAUUUUUUGAUAAAAGUUUAAAAACGCCCGUGAUUCAAUGUACCCUAUCGUAAGAAUAAUGAUUGCAUUCAUCAACAAGGAAUCAUCAAAUUAUUAUUCAUUACGACGAUAAUUGCUUGCAAAGAGUAAUGUAUCUGUCAAAGUUGUCCGCAUAUCAGAGAGCUCCAAGAGGCAUUGGCUCCGAUCGGGACAAUCGUCACGUUACCUCUCGAGAAUCCUGAGAGAGAGAUUUUAAAUAUUUAUAGUGAAUACAAAAAAAAAAAUAUGCCUUCCACCAAUAAGAAACGACGAGACGAUUUUUUCGAAGAACAAAAAAGACUUCUUUAAAGCGAAAAAAUAUUUGACUUUUCAGAGACUGAGAAAAAAAAAACAAAAUAGAAAAUAAAAAUGUUAGGCCCCGAGGUUUGACUGAAGGGGGUCUCCUUGCUCCUGAAGGGUGAAGAGUCCCCCUUGGAAGAAAUAGAAGAAGAAUAAGAAGAAGAAGAAGAAGAAUGUUUCACCCGGUGUUCUGACUGCCUAUGGAUAUAUUCGGCCGUUGUAACGGCGUUGGUGGUAGCAGUACAAUAACCGGAAGUGGCGUUAGUACAGCCAGAGUGACAAAUUCAGAAUCGGGAAGUGGUGUUACUGGUGUCGCGAGUGGAACUUCAAGUGGAACUGUGGAUAGCAGUGGAACAGGAACAGGAAGCAGAAUGCAGUUAACUGGAGCAUCGGCACCUGGUGCAGCAGCUUCACCAGAAUCAGGAGUUUCUCCACUUGCCGAUGCCUAUACAAAAAUGACAAGUGAUAUUUUGGCUGAAAGAACAUUAGGCGAUUCGACUGGACUUUGGGGUGGUGAACAUUCUGGUGAACUCGUCAGAACGGGAUCACCGCAUUUGGUGUGCACGGUUUUACCGGUUCAUUGGAGGUCGAACAAAACACUUCCGCAGGCAUUUAAGGUCGUAGCCCUUGGCGAAGUUGGGGAUGGAACCUUGGUAACAGUUAGGGCUGGAAAUGACGAGAAUUGUUGUGCUGAACUUCGUAACUCUACCGCCUUGAUGAAAAAUCAAGUAGCUAAAUUCAACGAUCUUAGGUUCGUCGGUAGAAGUGGACGAGGUAAAAGUUUCACAUUGACGAUAACGGUAUCAACAACACCUCCUCAAGUGGCAACUUACAGUAAGGCAAUAAAGGUGACUGUCGAUGGGCCACGUGAGCCCCGUUCCAAGACCAGUGAGUAUCACUUGUUAUCUCUUUUAGGGAACCAGCAUCAGUACGCUCAUGCUUUCGCCUUUGCUUCACAGCGAGGUCCUUUUUUUACUGGUCCUCUGGUGGAUCCACUUCAGCCUCUAUCGAAUCCCCUUCAACCAUUAUCAAAUCCAUUACAACCACGAGAUCCACUUUCAUCAUUUAGACACGCAAUGCCUGGCAACUGUCAAAACAUGUCGCAAUUUGGAUUGACGGCAGGUAAUUCAUGGGGUUAUGGUAGCACUGCAGGUUAUGCGGGAUAUCUUCCAGGACCAUUAUCGUCGUGUGCGGCGCAAGCACCGUUUCCACCGCCCCCGCCUCCACCACCGCCACCUCCGCCUCCAACGUCGUCACUUGCAUCUUUUGCAGGUACUGCAUCAAUGAAUACACCAACGGCACCCGAUUCAACAGCAGGUUCCACUGUAACUUCCGGUACAACUGGUACCACACCUCAACAAGAUGCAUUCUCCUCCGUCUCUUCACUAGUACCAGACACAACAACACCGGGUCAGGCCGAUCCAUUGGAUCCAUUGAGUACAUUAAUGGGCAGCGCAGCCUCACAAAGGUAUCAAGAAUAUGUCUCACCACGUUCAUUAUCAACUGAUUCAAGUACAACUGAGAGUCCAGUUCAUGAGGAGCAAAAUUUUGGACAAAAUUAUGGAAAUUAUUUUCCAACACCAAGCGUUUUACCAAGUAUUCUCUAUUCACAACUUUAUGGAAAUCAAUUUCCAAAUUCCGAAAGUUCUGAACAAAGAUCAGUUGGCGACAGUUGUAAUGUACGACAAGAGGAAGUUAGGCCCGACAAUAAUGUUUGGCGGCCAUACUGAAAACGAACUAACAGAAGUCACUAUUUUGUGCUUCAACAUUUUUAUCCAAUGCCUUGAGCCCUAAAAAAAAAAUAAUAAUAAUAAUUAAACCCUCUCUAAUAAAGACUGUGACAAAAUGACUUAAAAAAAAAAAAAAAAAAAAAAAAAAUUGAUUCAUUCGAACUGUGGGCAUUACCCGGAUUCGACAUCUAAAAAUAAAUUUUUUUGUUCUUAUUUUGGAUAUAUUAGUAAUUUAAAAAAAAUAAUUCUGGUUGUGUAUCGUCGUCAACGAAUCUUAGAGAGAGAGCGAGAGAAAAGAAUGUGCCGUAAAAUCUUUUUUUUUUUUUUGAGUUCAAGUAUUUACGGUAAUAGUAUGGAUGCGUGAGAAUGAGAAAAAAAAAUGGCACAAUAAUUGAAAAUUGUAUAUAUUUGUAAAUAGUUGAUAGAAUAUUGUCGUCCCAUCGAACUGUAAUCGCAAUUUUAAAAGAAAAAGACCGAGAGAUUAACUAUUUCUUUAAUUAUGUUUCAUAGUAUAUUUACAAUAUUAUAGUUAUUGUACGUUGGUAUUUGAAGGGUUUGUGCAAUAAUUUAUUGAGUUUCCCAAUGGUAAAAAUGCAAAAAAAAAAAAGAAGUGUUCAUCUCGUUCUGCCUUGAGUGAAAGCGAAACAUCGACAUCAAGUAUGUGAUUAUUGAAAAUUUAAAAAAAAAUGUACUUUCGAAUUUCAUUUUAAAUAUGCAUCCCCGUAAAUUAUUUUUUUUUAGGGGAUUUUACAUCGAAAUUUAAAAAAAAAUCAAUUUCUUUUCUUAUAAAUAAUUUACAAAAUUUUGUUUACAAUUUGAAAUUUGUUCAUCUUGACUAAUUAUUUACGAUACACAUAUCUACCGACUAUUGUUACAGUAGUUUUUGACUGAGUCGAAUAAAGUGUAUUUCAAAAUA